AUGGACGGACAUCUGAUGAGGGAGCUGCGCUUUGUGCCAAUUCUAGCCACUGGUCUUGCUGCCUUCUUUGCCUACAGGCUGCUUCAUGCGUUCUUGUCGCCGUUGGCGAAGGUUCCGGGCCCUCUGGUUGCCAGGCUCACGUCCAAGAGAGGCCAUGUCAACAACUUCUCCGGCCAGGUUGCCACGCAGGUGCAAAAGGACCGCGAAAAGUACGGCGACAUCUAUGUCUUCAAGCCCAAUGCCGUCUGUGUGAAUAACCCCGCCGACGUGCGCGCCAUUCUUGGAUCGCAGGACUUCCGCAAGGCCGACUUCUUCGACGUCUUUGAUGACGGAUCGAUCAAGAACAUCGUGUCUCAGAGGGAUCCCGUUCUCGCAGGCAAGCGACGACGGCAGAUUGGCCCGUACCUCAACUAUGCCUACCUCAACAAGAUGGAGCCUGUCAUCCAGCGACACGGCUUCCAGGCCAUUCAAUCCAAAUGGGACAGACUCAUUGACGAGAACAAGGGGAAGCCGACCGAGGUUAACUACCGAAUCGACACUCAGCUGGUCACCUUUGAUAUCAUGAGCGCUCUUGCGUUUGGCCGUGAUCCCGACACAAUUGGCCACGGCAGCUCUUCGGUCACAAAGUGGUCUGCCAUCAUCAUGGACCUGCUUGAUUACACCGCAAUCUUGGCUCUCCUUUCGCUUCUGCCGUUCUCGCUCAUCAUGCGCCCGUGGAAGUCCAUGUACCGGGAGCUGGCCGACUAUAGCAAAGACGCAGUCUCAACCAGAAAGGAUCUUCUCAAGACCGGAGCCGAGGCUCCUGCCGAUAUGCUACAGGCAUUCAUCGAGGCUGAAGAUCCCGACUCCAAGGUCAAGAUGUCGCCUCCCGAGAUCCAGGCAGAGUGCAUCAUGAUGAUGUUGGCAGGCAGUGAGACCACGUCCAGCGCCAUCAUGUGGGUGUUCCAUCUGCUCCUCCUUCACCCUAACAAGCUGAAGAAGGCGGUUGACGAGGUCCGCUCCGCAUUUGACUCCGACCACUUGAUCCUGCACCGUGAAGUUCUCUCCAAGCUACCUUUCAUCGAGGCCGUCGUCUACGAAGCACUUCGUGUGUCCCCCACAACCGCAGGCGUCACGCCUAGAAUCUCCCAGGCCCGCGGCAUCGACAUCCAGGGCCACUAUAUCCCUCCUGGCGUCGAAAUCUACGUCAACCUUCGAUCGGUCAAUAUGAGUGAAGAUAUCUGGAAUAAACCUGAGCGUUUUGAGCCCGAGAGAUUCAUCAAUAACGACGAGGCUAAGAAGAAUCUCUUCACCUUCUCCUAUGGCCCGCGCAACUGCAUCGGUCGCAACUUGGCUUGGGUCGAAAUGCUUACCAUUGUCGCCAACGUCCUCAAGGACUACGAUAUCACUCUCGCUCCCGGCAGCCCCUUUUGCCCUGAGAACCUGGGAGCCAACGGCGAACCGCAGCUCCUCCCCGCCAAGUGCUUCAUUGCCUCCUUUCCUGCAAAUGCGGAGAGAGAUUGCAGAAUGCUGAUUACAAGGAGAAAGUAA